AUGAGGGCAAACCCCAAACCGACUGGAGGGAAAACGCAUAUUCGGUCGGCGCAGGCUCGGAUUCCCGAAGGGAUACUGGGCUGGGAGAAGAGCAACGCUGAAACGAAUAAAGCGGAAAGGAGCAGUGCGGACACCGAGCCGAGAUUAUGGAGAAAUGCCAGGCCCGUCAGGUUAAUAUCACCUUCCAGAUUGUUGCCUGUGAUUGUGACAGGCAGGUUGACGGCUACCUCCGAGAGCACAGCACGAACGACAGGCUUGCUGCCGAGUCAGAAUCGCCACGGGCGGAGUGAUUGA